UAUUGGAUUACCAUUUUUUGGUGUGCCUUGGGUGCCAUUGUCAUAGCCGGUAUCGCUGUAAUAUCAUAUUGGAUACGACGAUGCAGCCACUACAGGACAUUACGAGCGAUAUACCGUCACUGCAGUCGACGCCAGUGCACAUUGCCGACGACGUCAUCAUCAGCAACAGUUGCCGGCAGAACGAUCAACUGCAGCUGCAAAAGCAGCCAUUACUGCUGCACAGUCAUACGCAGCCUCCGUCUCAGCUGUUGCUUAUUGAGCAGCAAAAACAAAGGCAUCAACAGCCGUGCAAAGCAUCACAUUACAACACUACCACAACCCCAACCACCAACACCACCACACCUACCACUCCCGCCGCACCCACACCAACCUCACAACCAGGAACUAACCCAACGAAAUCCAUUUUCACACCCCUAUCCGACGGCCACAACCCUCUUGCCACUCCAGCCACAACCACCGCACCAGCGCCACUACCAUUCCGCCAACAAAAUCAAAAAGUUAUCACAAGAUCACAAUCAUCUAAAGUUAUACAGGAGUUGCAGCAAUUGCACAAUAACAACAAUAACAACCACUAUCAGCAUCCCCAACAACAGCAGCACUCUAUCCAUCAACUAAAGCAACAGCAAUCGUUGCCAGCCACCCUACAUCCACCGCAAGCGGUCAACGGUAGCCAUCAUCCACCGCCAUCCAAGUCCGUGUCGAUACUCGUCUACAAAACGCUGAAUACGGUAUUCAAGAGCAGUCGCAAGAUCAUAGUGCGCGUUUGUGAGGUGGCCAGUGCAAAGAAGUCAUUCACAAUGUUCAAAUUCAAUAAGGCGGCUGCGCAAAAUCGCGCAGAAAAUCGAGCAAACGCCUGCACCGGUCACGAUCAGUUCGUGCGUCCACCAGUGCCCGAAAAGAAAGUUAAGCAUAUAAUGAAGAAAUUACAUAAGCAAAAUGGCCUGAAACGCUCUAACUCAGCGAUCGAAUUUGACGUAUCCGCACUGACAGCUGCCAACCGUCGGCACAUCUACAGCAGCAAUCGAUCAGCCAGUUCGGAACAAGAUAAUUCAGAUCUAUCCGAGCACUCGGAAAAAUCACCAUUGGUUAGCGCGAGGUUAGACAAUCUAGCUAGGCUAUUUUUUAGCAAAUCGAUGCCAGCGGAAACCGGAAGUAGAGAUACCAUAGAUUCUGUGCUAACAACAAGGCCAAAUCUGAAAUAUCAAUACUCGGCAUUGGAUAGUGGCAAUGGCAUUGUGGAGCGCAGUCCACGUGAGCGUGCCCAACGCGAACGCGCCUUUAAUACACUGCAGGAGUGGGUGCAGAACUCGAAUGGUCGUUACGAGAUAAUCGCACAUUUGGAUGAGAUUGGUUCGCGUCAUGGCAAGAAUUGGUUUCUCGUAACCGAUGCGACGGUGCGCACGGAUCGUCUACUGACGUUGCUGCCACUCCCACCGGACUGUGUCGCCUUUGAGGAUUUGCCCGCAAAUGAGAAUCCGAAGCCGAUGCUGAUGGAAUUACUUGGCUCACUGCAUCACCCAUACAUUUAUCCGAUAUUGGAUUUGGGUUUUCUGCAGUUGAGUUCAAGUAAUUUCGCCUGUCUGGUUACGCCAUUCAAUUCGCGCGGCAGCUUAAAGGAUUUAAUUUAUAGGACGCAAUGGAAUGAACCAUGGGCACGGAAAUACACAGGCAAGCCCAACGGCCUGCCCGUCUCUCAAGUGCAGCGACUGGGUCGACAAAUCUUAGAGGCAUUGCUAUUUCUGAAAGAGCGCGGCUUCCCUCUACAUGGACAUUUGCAUAGCGGAAAUGUGAUUCUACAAAAUGGCGCCGCCAGACUAUCCGGCCUCGAGAAUGGCCUGCUUGGUCUUAGUUCUCGUAUUAAUGCUGUUAUGUGGUCGCGUUCAACAACGGAAAUCGAAAAUGUCGAUAUCAUCUGCUUCGGCCAUUUGAUAUACGAAAUGUGCACUGGUCAAGAAAUGACCACACCCAAACCGUCCAUGCGGGUGCUCGAAAUGGAAUUGGAGCAUUUCCCACAGAUUUUAGAUGUACUUGGCCUAAUAUUCGAACCGCCCAGCGGUGUGUGCCCCUCCGUCGAGGACUUAGUUUUAUGUGAUCUCUUCAGAAGCAUCGAUUUGCGUGAAUUGCGUGGUCCAUGCUUUAGCACAAUCAAGCCGAGCCUCAGCAGAUCCACACUUAAUUUGCUAUAUGCAGUUAAAAAGCGGCAAUGUGCAUCACUGGGCAGCUCACUUAGCGAGAUGAGCUCACCAAGUACGCCGCCAUCAACACCACGUGACAGUCAACGCGGCUUUAGUCGUACAAUGGACUCUUUCGAUAUAUCUAGCGAUUCCGAGGAAGGGUUGCUUGAUGAAAUCCUUGUCGAUGGCAAUUAUCACCAGCAACGCUUACAACAGCUGCAGCGCAUGCAAAACUAUCACCAGCGCCAGCAUCACUCUUACCCACAGCACUACUACGGUCAGUUCUCAGCAUUUUCACAACAUCACGUCCAACAUCACCAGCACUGUAAACAAAACAAGCAGCUGGAAUAUGAUGCCACUGAGUCGUCACCCCUUCACUAUUGUGAAAAUACCACCACCCAAUCUGAUGACAAUAUCUAUAGUACUCAAGAAAAUCAACUUUCGACACAACAUUCAAAAUCACAACAACUACGAACCGAGUCACCGUCACCAACGCCACCGCCGCCAUCACCACCACCACCUUUGCCAACAAUACGUUGUAGCUCCAGCAAUAAUUUAAAUGCACCAACAUUGAGUUCAAGUGUUGGUCGCUUAUCGGGAAGUAGCACAAGCAUUGCUUCAACAACUGGCGUUGCUGCUUCAGCACCGGCUACAUUCAUUGCUGAGGAGAAUAAUGACUCUGGCGAAAAUACAAUGCAGCCAGGUCAAUUGGAGCUCGAAGGCGAUGAUAGCACAUCAAACAAUGACAGCACAGCUAGCAGUGAAUCGUCUGUUCAUCAAGUCGAUUCAACUAGCCCAAGUCAUGUCAAUGAUACCGCAAAGGCAUCCACGUCAGCAGCGGCCGCAGCAGCAAAUGUCGCAUCGGCUGGUGCUUCAUUCAACCAUCAAUUGACGGCCGACAUAUGCAACUACAAAAAUUCAAAGAGCCGACGGCUCGAGUAUUCACUCAAGUGUUUGAAGUAUGGUCGCAGUAACCCGUCGCAGGAUUCGGCUUUUGGGUCGUUGACAGACAAUGAUCUCUCAGUUGGGUCGUCUAGUUUUCGCAUAAGUAGUUUUCAAUCGAUUUCAUCACCGAUUGAUGAGGGUGUAGAGGAUGUGAUAAUAGCGACAACAACAGGUGGGAAAGAAAUUUGCUUAGAACUAGCUACCAUACCAAGGAGCAUGGUAUCACAAGAUUCCGCUAUAUCAUCACCAUGUCGAGAAACGUCGCCAAGUAACUUUUUGAACAUUGACGAUGGCAUGUCCGGCUCUUGUUCGGGUGCAUCCACUUCGUCCGGGUCAACAGGCAAUGUACGUCCGCAACAGUUUCCCGUCUCUCUUUCGCCUAAAAUACUCGUCACUGCCACCACUAACUCUAGCAAUUCGUCACUUUCUUCGUCUAGCGCCGCAUUACCCCAAGCACAACAAUUCGAUCCACCCAAAAUUCUUGUUAACGAUCAAAACUCUAUUUAUACAACUUCACCCUCGAAACGUACCGGCACCAUUGAAGUAUUUUCACAAAAAUAUCGCGUCAGUUCUUUCGAAGAUAUGUCGCCUAAUAAACGCUCAUCUUCCGACAAACUCUUGAAAAAUGUUAAUCGUAUGGCAUUCCGUUCCCUCGAAGAGGAACGACGCAUUGAUAGCGCUUUCAUGCCCAUUGUAGAUCGCACAAACUCGGAAAAUCGCGUCAACAUGCAACGAGAUGAAAAAUAUAAAAAACUCACUCACGCCUCUUUUCGCAUCAGCAAGACUUCGAGUCAAGUGGUUGUCUAUGACAAUUCGCCCAAUCAACUGAUCAGCACCUCACCAGCAGGCACUACAAAUGUCAUACCAAGUGACGAGCUGCAGCGCCCAGCCACAGCAUCGGGUUCGGUGACCAGCCGACAAACUAUGUGGCGCGAUAGCAAAUUCUAUCGCAAGAAUCGCAUAGCAAAAUCGAAUGAUUCCUUGCUGGAAACAUCACCAAAUCAUUCAGCUCGACUGUCGCCAUCUUCGUUGCGUGACAAUCACUUCGACAGCAAUUCUUCUUACGGCAGUCGCAGUCACAGUCGACAAUCACUAAAUCGUGGCAGUUCUAUCAAUGAGAUAUCGGGUCUAAAUCAGACAUUUUGUGGGGGCGGCACUCAAGGCUUGGCGGUUACCACCAGCUUCUGCAGUAACGUCGGCACAUCGGCUGCUGGCCGACGUUACUGUAGUUCAAAGAGUGAAGAUCUCGGUGAUUCGAAUAAUUAUUUACGUGUUAUGGACGCACGUAAAUCGUAUUCGGAGCGGCAUUUAGUUACACUAACCAAACUAAAGCAAACUGCCAUAAACAACACGAUGAGCGGAAGUGAGCAAUGUUGCCUUUCUGAGGAUGAAAUGAGCUUCUAUGAUGACAAUAAUGUUUACAGUUAUAUGUAUUACGCGGAGCAGCAGCAACAACAUCAUCAGCAUCAUGCGAAAAAGCACAAUCGGCAGCAACAACAGCACCAGCAACAGCAGUCCCAGCAACUACAGCAGCGACGUAGUCAUUAUAAUCAACACCAGCCAGUCAAGCAAGCAAAGCAACAACAACAUCAGCAACAGCAAUCACAUCACCACCAACAACAACAACAACAACAGUCCAAACGUCCCUACCCGAAUCAAUUGAGCUGGAGCAGUUGCUCCAUAAAUCGGCUCAAGACGAUCAAUCUGAAAACCACCUCUUUGGCUACACUAUCCUGCCAUCAAAAUCUAGCUUCCUCCGCUUCAGCACACUCCCCCAAUGCUGUUAGCAAUACAGCAGCCAGUACUAUAGAAGCUCUGCCACACGUCUCACGUAGCGCUAUUUUCAAAUCCGUCGAUCAAUUUGUCAACUUGACCGAGAAGAAUAGAUGUGACGGUGGUGCUGGCAGUGGAGGCAGCGGUACCUGCACUGCCACCGACGACAACAGUUCCCCCGACGAUUCACCAACACAUCAGACAUUAAGUGGCGCUGAACUCUCGAAGAUUUUUGCCAUGCACGACGCCCAAGGCAGCCAGUGUAGCGAGGAGAAGACACCGCUGCUGGACAGCGUUGAAAUGUCGCCAAUCAGUCCGACUGAGCCGGAGGAAUUGGCCAAUGGAGAAAAAAUGUGAUAUACUAAAUUUCAGUAAAUACAUUAAACAAUUAAAAUAAACUCGCGAAAAAUUAAAUGAUAUUUAAGUAUGUGAAAAUCCCGUUAAAUAGGAAGCGGAUCUUCAACAGAUCACAAAAAGAGUAUAAACAUAAGUCACGAUAUAUUCAAGAAAAAGUAGAGGUUAUUUAAAGAUAAAGGUUUAUAAAGAUAAAGCAAAAAAAGAUUUAUUUUGAUUAUUUUUGAGAUGUUGAACGCAAAGCAUGUGAAAUUAACUAUAAAGUGUUUUUUUUUUCUGUUUUAAUU